AGCGCGCAAUCAACACUCACACACGUGCGGGUCGCUCAAAAAAGGGCUCCGCGGGGCAGCCUGUUGCGCCAACUGGCGUAUGAUUUUCCUUGUAGUGCAACUUCGCGUUCCCAGUGCUACCUCCACUCUGCCUCUCUCUCUCUCCGGAUCCGAAGCGACCCGACCGUGCGUCCGAAACCAGCCACAUCAUUAUCAGGGUAGGUGGUGUCGUGUGUUGCCUUGUCCGUCCGUCCCUUUUCGUCGUGGUGGCUUUUCCGCUUUUCCACGUUUUCUUUUCCGCUCGCCAGCUUGGGGCUGUAGGGUGUGCAGAAAAAAAGUUAACAGCACUGCAUCUAGUGUGCGCUGGUUUGAGGGCGAUUAGCUGUUUGCUUCCCUCCUGUCCCUAUGGGUAUCGCGAACAACACACGCCCUUCCAGAGGACACGCGGCUGGCGCACUGGCGCGUAACAUGUAUAAAAGACGCAGCACCUAUCAGUGUGGUGUUCAUUUAUCAAUCAAAUUCAUUGCACCGUGGUGCAGCAGCAACGCAGUACCGAGCAUAAUCUCCCUUGUUUCCCUGUCAACGUUAGUGUGCAUCUACGCUAUUUCGUGUCCGUGAUCCUGGGGGUGACUUUAACCGUUCCAGAGUGCCUUAAAGUGGUUGUUUGUGCUUGUGAGUGCCGUUCACAAUGAAGCUGUUUGUGUGCUUGGCGCUGUGUGCCGUCCUGGUGCGGGCCGAUCCGGGUGCGUUCGGGCCGCAGGAUGCACGCAAGGUGCGAAACCCUGCCAGUGGACCGACAAGCUACAAUACCAUCACCCCGCCGGACAGUGAAACGCUCAGCAAGCUGCAGAACCAGGUGGCCCCGACCGUGCAGAUCCCAGCGAGCAAGCUGCCCACAACCGUGGCGAAAGCGCCGGAAGUGGCCUCGCCGUUCCAUACGAUCGCACCGCCAAACGUCGCCCUACCGUCGCCGUACCUGCGGCAACCGGCGGCACCGGCCAUCUCGCAAGUCUCUGCCCAGGGUCAGUACUAUCUAGCGAUGGUGCCCCAGUCCGCCGGCAAUCACAUGUUGCAGCCUGCUACGACACCACUGAUCAUGCAGUACAUCAAUCCACAGGGCCAGCCGACCGGAGGCCUGCAGUACAUUCAGCUGCUCCGCCCAGUGGUCUACCCGUACGGGGUGAACCAGCAGUACCAGCAGUAUCAGCAGUAUCAGGGCUAUCUGCAGCAGUCGCCAGCAACGCUCACCAACUCCCCGCACGGCCCAGUUCCGUCACCAUCCUACAACGUAUCUCCGACGCCUCCACCGACCACGUCCACUACACAGGCCGGAUUCGUACCGUUCCAGCCGGUCGCUCCGCAGUAUGCACCGGUCAGCCAUCCCCAGCCCCAGUCUCCGACCGCUUACGCAAGUGGCCCAGUAGGGCAGUACUCUAGCCCAGUGCUGUCGUACUAUCCGCACCGGUUCCUUAUCAACCCGUCCGAGAUGAACUUUAACACGAACGAGUAUGUGCCAUCGCCGGGUGACAGUGUGUACCUGAAGGGCGUGAAGAGCAUUCGUGCCUGAAGGUGCGCUGAAUCUACAUCUUGCAGCAAGUACUGCAUAUCACUACCAAAUCCCCGCCUGAAAUGCCCAUCGAAAUGACAAUCAACCAACCAGCAGGGAUCGGUUUCCAUUGGCCAGAGUUUCUGAAUAGCAGAUUGCGUCAAACCAGUUCCCCCCACAUCCCUCUAGGGAAGAUUGUAUAGUAUUAACGGUCCUUAUCCUAUUAAUGCAACAGUGCAUUCUGUUUUGUUAACUAAUUUAUAUCGAUUUUACCCUCUAUGCAACAAGUGCCCGUCCCGAGACCGAGACCGUUCCAGUUGUU